AUAAUAUUUAAGUAUUUUGAAAAAAUGAAGGAAAACACAUACAGUGACCACAGUGUGGUUACUCAGAAACAGCUAUGUGGGAUUGAGAAAGAAAGAAAGAGAUUCCACAGAUUCACAUAAAACGCUUUCCAUCUUCGACUCAGAAACAAAACCAUUCUUCAAAUUUCACUUUCUCUCAGAAGCUUUAGAGAGAGAGAGAGAGAGAGAGCAAAAAACACAUAAAUACAAUACAUAAUUGCAUACAUCUUAUUCUUCUUCAACCUUAAUCUUCUCAUUCCUUUUUCCUCUCAGAUUUUUAUUUUUAAAUUUUUUUAGUGUUGUUUGGCAAUGUCAUCUGCUCCGGCUCCUUCUUCGCCGCCGGCGACCAACGCCACUGCUCCUCCGCCGUCGACCCCAGCCACGCCUUCCGCGCCACCUCCUGCUACUCCUUCCUCCCCACCGCCGGCCACUCCCUCUUCGCCGCCGCCGGCCACUCCAUCCUCGCCUCCGCCGGCGACUCCAUCCUCUCCACCCCCUGCAACUCCUUCCUCUCCACCUCCGGCGACUCCCUCCGCGCCUGCGCCGGCGACUCCCUCGUCUUCUCCGCCGCCUCCCACCACACCGUCAACCUCUCCGCCUUCGCCGCCGUCCCCGUCCGGUGGCGGCACUACUCCGUCUCCACCGUCUCGGAGCUCGCCCUCUCCUCCGUCGGGCUCGGAUCGAACACCACCGUCGCCGGCGUCCAAAUCUUCUCCGCCAGCGUCUUCUUCUUCUUCGUCGGGUAUUUCAACCGGCGUGGUCGUCGGAAUCGCCGUCGGGGCUGUGGCGGUUCUUCUGGUGCUGAGUAUUCUGUGCAUAUGCUGUAGGAAGAAGAAGAGAAGACGCGAUCAGGAGUACUACCCGCCACCGCCGCCGCAGCAACCGCUGCGAGGACCCAAAGAUGAUGCUUAUGGCGGUCCACCACGUCACUGGCAACAUAAUGUUCCUCCUCCUCAAGAUCAUGUAAUCUCAAUGAUGCCUCCUAAGCCAUCACCUCCACCACCUCCGGUUGUGUCGCGGCCGCCCCAAUUGUCGGCAUUUGCUGCUCAACCUCCUCCUCCGCCGCCUCCUUUCAUGAGCAGCAGUGGUGGGUCUGGAUCAAACUAUUCAGGUGGUGAAAAUCCACUUCCACCUCCAUCUCCAGGCAUUGCAUUAGGCUUCUCGAAGAGCACAUUCACAUAUGAGGAGUUGGCGCGUGCAACCGAUGGUUUCUCUGAUGCUAACCUCCUUGGACAAGGUGGAUUUGGAUAUGUGCACAGAGGGAUUCUCCCUAAUGGUAAGGAGGUGGCUGUGAAGCAGCUGAAGGCAGGAAGUGGGCAAGGGGAGCGUGAAUUUCAAGCUGAAGUGGAGAUUAUUAGUCGUGUUCAUCACAAACAUCUUGUUUCUUUGGUUGGAUACUGCAUCACUGGGUCCCAGAGGCUGCUUGUUUAUGAAUUUGUUCCAAACAACACAUUGGAAUUCCAUUUGCAUGGAAAAGGGCGACCUACCAUGGAUUGGCCCACAAGACUACGAAUUGCUUUAGGAUCUGCCAAGGGACUGGCAUAUCUUCAUGAAGACUGUCAUCCUAAGAUCAUCCAUCGUGAUAUCAAAGCGGCUAAUAUCCUUCUGGAUUUUAAGUUUGAGGCAAAGGUUGCGGAUUUUGGUCUUGCAAAGUUUUCUUCUGAUGUCAAUACUCAUGUUUCUACUCGAGUGAUGGGGACUUUUGGGUAUCUGGCACCAGAAUAUGCUUCCAGUGGAAAGCUCACAGAUAAAUCGGAUGUUUUCUCAUAUGGAGUCAUGCUCCUUGAGUUAAUAACUGGACGUCGUCCGGUUGAUAAAACUCAAACUUUCAUGGAGGAUAGUUUGGUAGACUGGGCUAGGCCUUUGCUCACACGUGCUUUGGAAGAGGACUAUUUUGAUGCUCUGAUUGACCCAAGGCUCCUAAAUGAAUAUGAUCCUAAUGAGAUGCUACGCAUGGUGGCAUGUGCUGCGGCUUGCACACGUCAUUCCGCAAAACGUCGACCAAGGAUGAGCCAGGUUGUUCGAGCUUUGGAAGGAGACGUGUCUCUAGCCGAUCUUAACGAAGGAAUCCGACCUGGACACAGUACUAUGUACAGUUCUCAUGAAAGCUCAGACUAUGAUACUGCACAGUACAAGGAAGACAUGAAAAAGUUCAGAAGAAUGGCAUUGGGAACUCAAGAGUAUGGUGCCAGCAGUGAGUACAGUGCAGCUACAAGUGAGUAUGGUUUAAACCCAUCUGGCUCAAGCAGUGAAGCACAGAGCCGCCAGACCACAAGGGAAAUGGAAAUGAGAAAGAUGAAGAACAGUCAAGGUUUCAGUGGAAGCUCUUGAAGCUUAACAAUUGUAUGCUUUUUAUCUUGUAUAAAUCUAUAUAUCCUUGAUUUCUUGCCAAUGUCACAGUUGAUUGCUUUACUGACAUGUUUGAGAGACUUCCCAAUUACUAUUAUUAAUUUUUUGUUCACAAAUGAUAAUCUUUUGAAUUGUAUUUAUCAGGGUAUACAUCAAAAUAACACAUUCGAUUCUUUCAUUUGUUUUCUUCUUAUUCAGCUAAGUGUUGGAAAUGGAUUGCAUCAACUUUGUUUUCCAUUGUUGCUCAUGUGUCAAUUUGCUGGUAGUUGGUUGUGGGUUGGUUUUGUUAAUGUGUUUGUAUCAAACCUUUUUGUAAGGUCUUUACUUGAGUGUCUCGAAUCUAAAAAAUAUGAUGAUUUUUUACCUAAUUGUUUUGUUACAGAAGACAAUGAGCUGCAUCCACAUUAUUUUUAGAGGUAUGCUUGUGUUAAACAAUGCUAGCUUGCAAUUGUGGGAACACUAUGUUGCUUAGGAAAAGCAUGUCGGCAGAUAUUCAAAUCGUCCUAUAUAGGAGUGUGCCUUUUGAAUUACAAAUGUAAUUCAUUUGAUUUGGUUUCUUUGUUUAGGAAUAAAACUGUUGACUAAAAGUAAGGGUGUGUUUAUAUACAACUUAUUUGAAUAU